AUAUAUGUAACAAAUAAUAAAUGUGUCUUAACACCAAUAUUGUUACGAUGAUCAACCGAGUUGGCGAUCUUUUGUCAACAAAAAUAAAUAUAUGAUCUCAAGUGUUUAAUGAACUACAAAUCCGAAUUUAAAUUUUGAUUAAAAAAUUAUCGGCUAAAUUUAUUUAUUUCUCGGUUAAACUCUAGAUUAUCUAAAACAUGUUUCUCUUUCUCCUUCUAAUAUUCUUGUAUUGUACAGUACGGUUGUACUAAGUACAAAGUCUUUGUUGACAAAUUUAUUCAAAGCCUUGUAAGUGAUGAAGGCUCUCUCCAUUGUUAUCAUGUACAAAUAAACUAACAAAGUUCCACGGUAGUUAAACUACCUCAUGAAACACAGAUUAUGUCAUCUUAUUUUCAUCAAAUAAUAAUUUCAUUAUUUAUAUAAUUGAAAGAAAAAAAAACAGAAUCCAUUCACAUCCACCACUGAUUAAUAUUUGUAGUAGUUACAUAGAAUCUGAGAAUUUCAGUAUCUUAAACCGUAGCUAUUACCAUAUGAUAAUAUGAUUCUGCCCCACAAACAUACCCUUCUCAAAUAAUCAACUUUUUCUACCUCUUUCAGCAAGUGAUCAUAUAAAUUCAUGGCCCAUAUGAGGUACCUUUACCUACCUCUUAUGGUAUAAAAUACAGACAAACAAACAAAUCAACCAAGCAACUUUGUUCUUAGGAAAACAAACAAAUCCUAAUAUCUAGGACCGUCUGUUUUUUAUAUGUGCCUCUUCUUAUGCUACCAUGUCAAUGUUCCAUUUGAUAUAUGGUAUAUGGUUAUUCUUGUCUAUUAGAUUUUGUAAAGUUGAGGUUUCUUCUUCAUGUUAUCCAUAUAAGUUUUUUCGACAAAGUGAUCGACGAUUUGAGCAGAAAACUGAUAAGUUUUGGAAGUUUAGUGAAAUAGAUGAUAGAUGGAUUGAAGUGAAACUACCAUGUGAUUUGAUUCCUUGUGUUAAUAGUGAAGAAAGAUUGGAGCAAGAACAUGAAUUGGAUGAGAAAAAGAUGAGUUUGGGAGUUAUUUUGCCUUUGAGAAAGAGAAUUUCUUUGACAAAAAUGUCUGAGACUUCUGUUUGGAUCAUUGGUGAAAGUGGAUGUAUCUAUGAGAGGUUUUGGAAUGGAUUAGAAUGGGUGAUUGCUCCUCAUGAUUUACCUAUAUCACAAGGACAUGCAGUUGCAGUUUUUAUCAUUUGUCAGAAAAUUCUUGCUUUAUCUGAAUCAGGAAAUCUUUAUCAGAUGCAUGUGCAACUUGGUGAAAUUUCACAACCAGUUUGGAUUGAAUUCACACAUACACUCAAUCAAAUCACAGAUACUGAUCCAAUAUUGAUAAAGUCUGGUGUGUCUUCCGAUGAUAGGAAGAGAGGUUAUUUCUGUACAAAGAAAGGAACACUAGUAGAACUUGCAGAGAUUGAGCCUCCAAGAUGGAUAAAUCAUGGCCAACCAAGUGGAGCAAACGUUGCAGCAAUAGCUGAUGUCGCUUCUACACGAGAAGUAGUAUACACCAUAAGUUCUGCUGGAGAUCUUUAUGAAUAUAAUAGUAAAUCAAAACCAUCAUGGAAGAGACAUAUAUGGCAAGAAAAAAAGGCACAAGUUUCAUCUUUGAUACCAUCUAAGGGUUUCACUUUACAUGGAUUAAGUGGUGAUCAUUCUGAAUCUUUGUUUCUUUUAACCAAGGAAGGUACUUUAGUGGAGAGAAGAUUACAUCAAAGGAAAUGGAAAUGGAUAGUCCAUGGAAGUCCGCCGCAUCAAAAUUUGACAUCUAUUACACCAUCUAUGAGAGAUGAUCAAUCUAGCGAAACUUCCAUUUCUUUAUUCUUUACUACUUCAGUUGGAUCUGUUUUUGAAUAUCAAAUUCCAAAACAAUUAGGCGCUUCUCCAAAUAAUCAACUUCCAGGAGAAGCAUGGAUAAGUCAUCAUCACCCUUUACAUGCAAAAGCAGCAAGAGGUAAACGAGGCUUACCGUUACAAGUUGGCAGGAUACUCUUUGCACUAGACGACAGUAGGCUUGCCGAAUUACAUCUAUCAGGACUAGGUGGUGAAAGUGCAGGACCAUCAUUGCCACAAAACUUUAGAAGAAAAACAUCAUCAACAACUAAAUAUGUUUGGUCCAUAUUAGAUGCACCAGAGAGUGAAGGAUGGAAUGCAGAAUUUUGCACAGAAGAGCGCGGACCGCGGAAUUGUAUGACAGGUAUAAAAGACGAGUCAAAAGAUUCAGGAAUAACAAGUUCAGUUACCGGUCGAAGAAAACAAAGCCAAGAACAUCAUUAUUACUUAUCUCUAGGAAAAGUUAAUGAACUUAUUAGUUCUUCAGAAGAAUACAAAUACAAUCUUCCUGAUGAUUGGAUUAGUAAAAACUUUCGCCUGCGAUUGAUGUUUGAAGGAAAGUCAUUUUUCUUGGUGACAAGUGAUGGUUUGAUUUUCGAACAUGUUUGUAUUGAGGAUGUAUGGAUAUGGUUAAAACAUGAUAGUUCUACAGCUAUGAAUGGUAUAGUAGGGAACUAUAAUGGAAGUUUAUUCAUGGUUGAUACUUUUGGGAGUGUGCUUCUUAGAGAAUGGAGUGGAAAUGAAAUAGCAUGGAAGAAUUGUACUGAUAUGAGGAAAGGAAGAAAUGUUGUUGUCGGAGGUCAACCGUGGGACCGAUUACCAGGUUUAGCAAGGAAAAGGGUUACCACUGAAGAUUCAAUCUUCUUUGUGAGCAAAAAUGGAAGAUUACUUCAGUUCAUGGUUUACAUGAGGAAAUUCAAAUGGAAGGAUUGCAAAAAUCCUCCAAAUGUCAAAGUAGCAAGCAUAGUUGAUCAAGAAUUGUUCCGGGAGAAUAUAAUCUUCGUCACCGGAAGAAACGGACGCUUAUACCAAUACAACAAAGUGAAUGAUUUAUGGCAUGAACAUUACCAAUCUCAGCACUUGAUUCUAUCAAAUUUUCCUGGAACAGUUAUAAGACCAAUGUCGAAAUCACUCACAGGCUCAAUCUUCAUGCUUUCAGAAGAUGGUGGCCUUGUUGAAUACAAUUGGAAUACAUGGAAUGAAUGGAAUUGGAUAGAACAUGGAACACCUUAUAAAGGUGUAACACUGAUUGGUUCACCUGGUCCUAGCUUUGAAGGGAAUCAAUUACUUUUGAUUGGUUCAGAUGGAAAAGUGUACCUUAGAUAUAUGGAGAAAAAUGCUUGGAAAUGGAAGGAUUGUGGCUUUCCUUCUUUAAAUGAUGAAGGUGUUAAAGAAGAUCAGGAGAAUAUUGGUGACUUAUUAAUCAUGAAAUGUGAUCCUAAGGUGGCAUCUACAAGACCAGUUCCAUUUUCUGGUGAUUCUGCUAUAUUUGAACUUAGAGAUGGCAGGUUGGCAGAAAUAAAACUUGUAGAAGGGAAAGAAUGGGUUUGGACAAGGAUUAUUGGUACACCAAAUAGUUUAUGCAUACAAAAUUAUUGGAUUACAGUGGCAUCAUCAUCAUGAACUAGUUUACAAUAAAUCUCUUAUAAGAAAACUUUAUGUACAGUAUAGAAUCAGUGUAGUGACCUUAUUAUGCUAACAAAAGAAGAAAGAAAAGUCAUAGUUAGGUACUGCAGGAUGGAGCUGAGCCAUCUCUUCACUUGUAAAAAUGUAAAAACAGUUCUAAGGUUAGUUACAGCAACAAAAUAUAUAUGAAUAAGAAUAUGUCCUCUUCAUAAUCAUAA